GGAGUACAGAAAAAUACUGCCUACCUUUUACCUCGGGGGUUUCAGUAAGACCCUGCUACAUGAAACGAUUCCGAUUUAUUGAUAGUUUUGAACCAGAUGGGGAAGUUGUGCGUAAAGACGCAACAAUUUGAUGCUUUAAACAGCUGCUAGACUCCCAAAAUGUUUAUAAAGAAUAUAAACUCUUACCAUUUCUAUCUUGAUAUAGUCUUUUAUAUUUGUUUUAAAUUACUUCAAAUGCCGCUCCGACCAAGACGGCUGAUGAACCUCACUGAUUUGUGCGUGCCAAGAAAGAGAGAGAAAAAGAGGAAAGCGAAAACAUGGCUGGUUUGAUGGCAGGUUUUGGUCACUACACCCAUGCGGUUGUCCGGGGAAUCCCCGCGUCCCUGGCCAAAGAGGCGCUCAGGACCAGCCAGGCGGAGGUGGACCUGACAAGGGCGCGGACGGAACACGAGGCGUACGUCGAGGUGUUGCGGACGAGGCUCGGGCUGGGGGUGGUGGAGCUGCCCGCGGACGAGUCGCUCCCGGACUGCGUGUUCGUGGAGGACGCGGCAGUGGUGUGCGGCGAGACGGCGCUCAUCACCAGACCCGGGGCGGAGAGCAGGAGGAGAGAGGUAAGGGAUGUGUCAGUAUGAUUCAACAUGCCCAAAAUAAUACAAUUAAAAAAAAAAAAAAAAGUUUGAUAUGGGCUUGGAUGGGUUUGCUUAAUCCCUCCUCUCCUUGUUGCCAGUUGGGAUGCAAUUAAUAUGUUUCAGGGAUGCACAGGAAGCUGAAUGAUGCACUGACAAAACAUCCAGGUGACCAACAUUAGAGCAGAUUACUCAACACAUAAAGCGCCCAUGUGUGAUGAUGAUGACAUAGUUAAAUAUGAACUAAACCCUUUAUCUCUAUACAGUGUGCAAAUCUGUGCACAACAUCCUCAGUUAUAGAUAUAAAACAACGAUAAAUAACCAGUAUGUGCAGUCUGUUAAUAUGAGGGUGUAUUGAUAACUUUGCAAGACAACAUCCAUAUCAAACAGUCAUAUAAAAUUUUGUAUUGGGUGUUAAUGUAUUUUUUUAUGUAUAUUUUAUUUCUAAUUGAUUGCAAGUUCACAGUGUUUGCUUUCUUUUAUUGUAGAUACUUUGCAUUUCAAGGCAUCCAGUGCAGUGUUGCCUCAUAACUUACAAAAUUUGACCUAAGUUGGAACACACAGCUUUGAGCGAAACACAGCGUCUCCGGAAAAAUGUAAAAAAAAAAAAAAAAAAAAAAUGAAAUGACUGGAAAACAAAGGAAACAAAUAAAUACAUUGUGUGACUGCACAUGGUUGCCUAGUGAGGGGAAGCUGCAGUGUGGGGUAUUCAUGUGUGAGUGUUUGCCAAUGAGGGGAAUGGUAGGACAGAUUCUGUGAAAGCUCCCUGUCAUUCCACAUCAGAGACACUUUGCUUGGCUCACUGGUGAUAAUGGUCCUCCAGCCUCACUGACGGCACAGAUAUUGAUCAGAAAGCUCAGUGCAGCCACCCUCAGCCCCGCCGCGUUUCACAUAUGACGCACAUGAUGCCAGUUUGGUUUGCACUGCAUAUGAAUGUACACUGUCAACACUCAUAAUAAUAUGUGCAUGCUUUUUGUGCACUGGCUUGGUUACUUACCGUUAUUGCAGUAGGCAGGAAGCAUAGCAAGCCAGGGGCAUAUAUAAUGGCAGAACACAUGCUUGUGCAAAUCACAAGUGCAAUUUAGCAAAAUUAAUAUUUUACACUUAUUUCUGCACACAUGGUGUUUUAAAUAUCACUGGGAGAUAAAACAAAGUUAGCUGCUUAAUGUGCUGGUAUGGUUGCAAAUGAAUUUUUGCAUUAAAGUGAACAUGAAGGCUUUUAGCCUGGAAUUGAGAUUAUGCAUUUCGGUGAUCAAUGAUAGGUUAUGCUUUCAUAUAAAGUGUUUGGCGGCCAUUUAAAGCACAUGCAUGUUUGCUUUGCAGCGAUGCAUCCAAGCUCUGUCAGGAUUACCCUUAACCAUUUGUGAUGGGUUUUAACAUUUCAGUUGCUCACGACUUUAACUCCACCGUAUUCCAAGGCUUGUCUCCAUUUCUUGCUGUGGCCAGUUCCCAGUUUAGAUAAGCAGUGCAGUGUUUAGGACUGCCUGUACUUGUUCUUCACAUGGGAUUAGGACACAGCUGUGUCUGAACAUGUGCAGACACAUUGCUUGGAGUCGGUACGUUACAAGGUUUCAUGAAAAACAGACUUUUUUUUUAUUAAUCAUUGUCAACAGCUUGGCUUUGUGUUCUUCAAAUGAAAUUAUGAACUUUGCCCAGAUCCUGCAAAGAGAUAAAUUAUCUCCUUGCUUUGAUCUUGAGAGCAGACGUUAUUUGUGGGACUAUUGACAUAGGAACCAAGGUGUUUGUCUAAGUAAAAAAAAUGCAUUGAGUUGUUUUGGGACUUUUCAACCCCCAAAAUCAGCUUAAUGUAUUUUCAUCUAACUACAUCCCAAAGUCACUUCAAAGGAACUUAAUGACUUACUUGAUGUAUUAAGAUAUUUCCUCCCUCUGUUCUUGGAAUUGCAAGACCAUCAAUUCCUUAAUAGAGCUGAUAAAUUAUAGAUUUUUUAUGAUGUGCCAUUAAAUAAAGGUGUAGAGCCACAGCAUGUUCUCAGGCGUUGGAGCAACGAUCAUCUUGAAUGCAUGUUGAAAAUAAAAUCUGCCAUGACUUGCUUUUUCUGUACCUUUUAGGGUAGAAAUUAUUGUCUUGAUUUGAAUAAUGUUUAGUUAUUGUGACAAAAAAUGUGUCUGGAAAAUAAUGAAAGAUAUUGGGUGCGUAUCCAACAUGGUCAUAUUCACCUAAUAAAACAGUUUGAAGCUGAAUUUGACGUGCCUGUAUGUCAGGGUUAAGGCAGGAUAAGAGACAGAAGUUAACCUGAGGCUGGUACAGCCCUGAGUAUCCCACUGAGGGAAACUCAAGGCCUUUGUAAAAAAGAUCAAUGAUGAGCUGUAAAACUGAGCUUCUUUCAAAGCCAACAUGUAAACCACUAGAGCAGGCAUGUUCAGCAAUGAUAUGUGCUCAUAUUAUCAACGCCUGCAUGAGGAAACUACCAACUGAUUACGCAAGAGUACAAGAUCCACUCUGCACUUUCCAUCUAGUCUUUUGUUCGGGUCUUUAACUACUUUUUCUUCAGAGGUUUAACAGUAUUAGGUUAUUUUUAAUAUGCAAGAAGAUGCCCCAGUCCUUCCUGUACAGUGUACAGUGGUUGAUUUGUCAAUAUCCGAAGGGGGUUGCUUAUGUCCCAAGAUGUUCACAUUCAUAAAAUAGGCCUUGUCACCAUAAUGAAUUUUGCUAGAAAUUGUCCCAGAAAUGAUUACGAUAAAGGAUGAUACUGUUGUUUUGAGACAAUUUUCAAACAAUAUAAUGUUAAUGGCUUUUUAAUGCAGGAACACAUUAACAAAGAUCUGUAAACUUUAAAUUCCAGUCAAUAUUUAACU